AUGGCAUCCGACGAACCCAGCAUCCGGGUCGAUUUUGGCACCCCGAUCGUCUUCUUCGAUUCCCACCCGGACGAGCAGGAGGGUCUUAUAUACUCCUACUGGUCCGGACUCAAAUCCACACUGAAGAUCGCAUGGACAGGAGAAGUCCCCAAGUUCCACGAGACAGGCGUUCUGCGCAUUUACUUCUGGACGCAUGAUGGCACUCAGGGAUUGAAGGACUACGAGCUUCGUGAAUACCAGACCGUAAAGGAGGAUUGGCAGAAGCUUUUAGAUCUGCCGGAAGUUAGGAGAGCGGUUGUCAUGGGCUAUUCGGGCCAGAACCCAUACACGCUGGGCAAUAAUCCUUGGGUGGAGAAGUUCAAAAGGGACGCGAAGAGGGCUGCGAAGGCGGAAGAGGAGAGGAAGGCUCUCGGGCUGAAGGCGGCGGAGAGGAAGAGAGAUAACAAUGCUGGGGGAAUGAUCGACUUCGAUGAGCUGAUUGAACAGACUGAGCAGGCGGAGUAUGAGAAGGAGCUUAAGGAACGGGAGCGGGAGCUGGAACGUUCCGGAUCGUCUGAGCAUGAUCGACUACUCGAUGUCUGA